AAGAGAAUGGAUAACAUUACAGCAAGUGAAAUAGCUGGCUUGGCAGUGGGUGCUAUCCUCCUCUCUGCCACCGUUGCUGCCACCAAAGUCGAUGCCUUCUUCUCUUCUUCUCAACGCAGCUCAUUGGGGAUGUGCAAGCGAUGUGGCAACUUGAGGAGAUUGGCUUGCUCCACCUGCAAAGGAACCGGCUCUAUUAGAGAAGGGGGAUUGCUUAGUAUUAAACCUUUUGAGGAUUUGUUUGAAACAAUUGAUAACAGUGAAUCAAAGGUGAAGCAGAUAGCAUGUGCAAAAUGUCAAGCCAAAGGUUAUUUUUCAUGUCCUAAUUGUUCUCAACUAUAACCCCUCUGAUUUAAUCUUCUGUCUCCAAUUAUAGCAUUAUGAAUAAUGAAUACAACUCCUCACAUGUUGAGGUAUGAAACCCCAUUUUCUUCUUCUCCUGCUCUGAAUUCGCUUUAUACCUUGUUGCUAAAACUGAUAUAAUUUGUAAUUUUGUAUACUGCUUUGCCAUGUUUCUUGGUGUGUUUUGUUAAACAGAUAUUUUCAUCUAUACUAAUGAUUUAAAAGUUUUGAACCCA